AUGUUCAGUGGAUUUGGAGGAUUUAACGAUGGAUUUGGAGAGUUCAUGGGUCAAAUGCACCAAUCUUCAACAUUUGAAGAUUAUUUCCGAUGCUACCCAAUUGUCAUGAUGCCUGAUAGCACUCGGAAAGAUGACGCUAAUUUCGGGGGGAAAGUUUUCUUGCCGGCAUCGGCGUUGAACAAGUUGACGAGAUUGAAUAUCAGUUAUCCGAUGUUAUUCCAAUUGACCAACGAGAAUAAUGGAUUGAUCAGUCACUCUGGGGUAUUGGAAUUCACAGCCGAAGAAGGAAGAAUCUACGUUCCUCAAUGGAUAAUGAGCACUUUGAAGUUGGAGCCAGGAGAAUUGAUCAAGCUCAAUAGUUGUGACUUGCCAAAGGGGAAAUUCGUUAAGAUCGAACCCCAAUCGGUGAACUUUUUGGAUAUCAGCGACCCUAAAGCGGUGUUGGAGAAUGUUUUGAGAAAAUUUACCACGUUGACCGUCGACGAUAUCAUCGAAGUGAAUUAUAACGACACAAUUUACGAGAUUAAGAUCUUGGAAGCUAAACCGGAGACCGUGAACCAUGGGAUUUGUGUGGUGGAAACCGAUUUGGAAACCGAUUUCGCUCCGCCAGUGGGUUAUGUCGAACCAGAUUAUAAAAACAAGGCUCCAGAGAAGUAUCAAAAGAACCAAUCGACUAAAAGAGAAUGGAAACCGGUGAAUAAUUACGGUGCCAUGGCCAAAGCCCUCAAUUAUGCAGAAAUGAUGAAACCAGACACCACUGCGUCGUCGUCGUUCCAGGGUCACGGGGCAAGAUUAUCUGGUAAGACCAUCGCUGAUGGAGAUAAUGAUAAUGCUGAGCCAAUAGACGUCACGAAACUUAGCUUGGAUGGCCCAGUGAAACCAUUGAGGUUACCGGAAAAUCAGUUAUUUUUCGGUUUUCCAUUGACUCCACCUCCAGAAUCCGAGGAAAAAAAAUCAGGAGAACUGAACAAAGAAGAAGGAGAAGAAGACACCGACAAGCAUGGGUUUGCCGGAGCAGGGAAGUCUUUGAGAGAAGCUACAAAAAAGCGUAAAAGUACAAGAGGUCAUUCAACACAUAAGGCCAAAGUACGAAGCCCAGGGAGUUCACCAUCUGAUCCCAUGGAAAUUGAUUGA